UGUUAAUCCCAUCCACCGGGGCCCAUUUUGCCAUUUAUACUAAGUUCAUGUUUGAUUGAGAAAGUUUCCAGGCAACAGUCCAAACUCAAAAGCAAAAAAUGGCCUUAUUGGAGGAGUUCCAAGAGUAUGCUGAUAAGGCCAAGGCCUUACCUCCAACAACAAAAGAUGCAGAUAAACUGAUUUUGUAUGGGCUUUACAAGCAAGCAACAGUGGGCAAUGUUAAUACCAAUCGUCCAGGAAUUUUCAACCCCACAGAAAGGGCUAAAUGGGAUGCAUGGAAAGCAGUUGAAGGGAAGGCCAAAGAAAAAGCAAUAACAGAAUAUAUCAAAAAAGUGAAGGAGUUGCAGGGUGUAGCUGCUACGUGAGUGACCAAGCUUUGCGGCCAAGAUCAGUUUUUCGACAUUAAUCAGUUUCCUUCAUCCUUGUAUUUGAAUUGCUGUUAAAUCUGGUUUCAUUUCUGGUGAUGAACAAUAAUAACAAGAAUCUGCUCCUUUGAGACUCCA